AUGGUCAAAAAGCUCUACCUCACCCGCCACGCUCAAGCGGAGCACAACGUCGCGUCCGACUGGUCCAUUCCCGAUGCCAAGCUCACCCCACUCGGCCAAAAACAGUCUAGGGAGCUAAACGAGCUUACCAAAGACACAUUCCAGCGCACCGCCCAGCUCAUUGUCUGCUCCCCUCUCCUCCGGCCGAUGGAGACGAUGCUCCUCGGCUACCCGUCUCUCAUGAAACGGCUCGAAGGCGAAGGCAAGCCGGUGAUUAUCACCGAUCUUCUCCAAGAGGUCAACUCUACGCCGUGUGACGUCCCGACGUACCCACCAUCGGCGAUCAAGGAGGCGCUAGGCGGGAUCUUCAAGGAUCUCGACUUUUCGGGAUUGGGAGAAGGGUAUGCGACAAAGAAGGGGAUUUGGGACCCGGCGAAUGUGGAGGAGAGAUGUAGGAAGGUGAGGAAGAUGCUGAAUGAGAGGGAAGAGGAGGAGAUUGUUGUCGUGGCGCAUGGCGAUAUCCUGCGGCAGCUGGUCGAUGGGGAUGGAUCACGAAGGCCUUGGGGUAACGCCGAAGUCAAGAUCUUCACCUUUAGUGAGGGAUCGCACGAUCUCGUCGAGGUGGCCGAUGUGGACCCAGAGUCCGAGACCGCCGGUCCCACCAGUGGCGGCAUGUAG